AUGCUAAUAUAUAUUUUAAUGUUUUGUUUGUUAAGUUUAAAAAUGAAUGAGUUUUAUAUUCAAAUUGUUUUACUUCUUUUAAGCAUCUUCCUAUGUGUGAAUAAUAAAACCCUUGCAAUCGAAUUUGCUCCAAACAUAUAUAUAAAACCCAAACCAAAAAAAUAUUACCCUAAUUCAGAAGUAAUAUAUGAAAGAAACAAACACCUAUUACAUACCGAUCCCAGAGAGUUUAAAAAAGCGAGCAGAUUUAUGCUAGAAGCUUUAACACAAUUAAAAUAUCAUGCUACGAGUAAAGAAGAUUAUAUAUUAUAUGGUAGAAAUUCUGUUUACUAUAUGUUUUUUUAUAAAAAAAAACAUCGAGGCUAUACAAAUGUUAAAAAAAUUGAAUAUAUAAUUGGUAAUCCGAAUAAGUAUAAUGACAUAGUAAACAUGUUAUGGAAUCCAAAUUGUAACAAUUUUUUUUAUCUAGGCUCGGUUAAAAGAAAAAUUGUCCGUGUGUACAGUCCAAAUUUAGUAAUGAUACAACAACGUUCCAAAAAAUGGCCGUGGUCUUAUCGUAAAUAUUUUUAUGCUAUAGCUGCAAAAUUUGAAAUAUCAGAAAACAAAACUAUAAUUGUCAUGGCUUCAGGAAAUAUAAAUGAUCACAACCGUAAAAAUAAAAAAUAUUUUGAAAACACAAUAGUAGAAAGUGCAAAUUUAUUCGAAGCUGAAAUUGAUUCUGAAGAUGAUAUUAAAAAUGGAAAAUUAAAAAAAAUGUUUGUUAACUUAAAUGGAUACAUUAUUGAAAAAAAGAAAGACCAUGUUUAUAUCAUAUAUGUCAAGUUGAUCAACAUGGUUCCAUUUAACAAAAAUGCAUUAUCGAAAAUCUUUAGAUUAUUUUUUUCCUCAUAA